GUGACGUGAUCGCGCCGCCGAAGCGACGAACGUGCUUGUUCUUUCUUGGGUUUUUCUUAUUUCUUCCCUCGAUCUUAGGUCACCAGCCCUCGAGUACCUGCCGCGAGACAUAGUUUGCGGCUCGGCUUCACCUAAAUGCCGGGGAUGUACAAGUGACGAGAAAUUCGGAUGUCAUUAUACAUGGCGUCCUGCAGGACCCUUUUAAGCAGUCGAGUGGCCGUAUGGGUUUGUGACUAAUUCGUCGAAUGAUUGAUUGAAGGUCUCCGCGAGGUCGGCCAUGGGCGGCGUGCAAAGCGGAACUCAUAAUCUUGGCGAGGCGUUAUGGGUGCAGGAGCGGCAGCGGCAGAAGUGCCAUCGGGAGGGCGGCCGCUACGAAUCGCACUCGGCGCAGUCGACGCAGGAUCGCAGGAAACUGCUGAAGCGCACGAGGAGCCUCGCGGUGAUAUCGGAGGACGAGUCCCGGCAGGAGCGAGAUACCCGUCACUUCCGACUGGGCCAGUCAACCUUCGAUCUACCGAGGAGGCAUCAAUUGAUACCGAGGGCCAAGCUGAUCGAUCGGAAUUCGCUCAAGGACAGACUCUCCAAGAGUCAGCAGCACCUCACGGACUCUUACGAGAGAUUCAACGAGGGGAGGUCCUACCACUCGCGAUCGACGUGCGGCCUUCACUCGAUCCCGUCGGGUCUCGUGUCUCUUCCAGAUCCACUGCCUUACAACCGGGGAAGUCGCACCGACCCCGAUAGGCUGAACAUCCUCGACUGGCCGGAUCCACCUAGACGGUAUUGCAGCGUGCAAAACUUAGACACCGUGAGCGGUCUGGUCGACAUCGUCGAGGACAAUUGGCCUAUCGAAGGCAAUCGCAGCAUCGAUUGCAUAUACACGCAGGUGAAGCGUAAACGCAAGGAGCACCGGAGUUUAGACAGCAUCCUCUUCGAGGAUGACGGCGAGCUGGAGUACUUCGACGUGCUGAAUUUGCUGCCUCUCUCCAACGUGCGACUGCAGUACGACGAGGACGACUCGGCGGACGGUAAUUUCGAGCGGCGGAACGAGCAGGUGUGCGGCUCGCGAGACAUAAGAGUACUCGAGUACCACGAGCCGAGCAGCGCCGAGGAGGCAUCGCCUUCCACGAGCGGCGGCGACGACGCCACGGACGAGGAGAAGCAUACGGCGGAAGAGAAUAAUAGCGUGCAAGCCGACCACCAGCACGAGGACGACGACGAGGACGACGAUCUCGGGGAGAAAAUUCACGAAGACCUCGACUCGUCCAGGGACGCGAACUCGGCUACGAGGGUCUCGGCGGGAGGGGACCGUCGAGGAUCCGAAGAGAGUUUCGAGGAAGACUCGGAGAUUAGCUCGACAAACAAGUUCGCGGAUCAGUGCGCCCCCUCCACGCCCUCCUCCUCCUCCUCCUCGUCAUCAUCGGGCAAGUUCAAGCGACAGCGGUACAAAGCCGAUGUCGAGAGUUUCGUAACUCCCCCGUGCGAGGAGGAUCGCAAGAUCGAGGAGGCCGAGGAGUACAAGUCGAUCUGGAUCUCGGACGGCGAGGAGCAGGACGAGAUGUCGCGGAGACCGCAGAUCCUCAAGGUCGUCGACAACGACGUCACCAAGAGACGACACCGGCGCUCGGUCGUGGAGAUUGACGCCGUCGUCGAGGACGUGCCACAGGACAAGAAACCGCAGGAGAAGGGCCCGAAUGAGCGCAUCGACCCGUUGGCCAAGGCGAGCAAUAACGUGCGCAAGGAUACCGAGCUUCGUGGGAAAAACGCGGAGAACACCUCGACACCGGGAAAUGCGAGCGAGACGGCGACGGUGGAGGACGCGCGGAACUUCUUCGAGCGGAAAACCGCAGAGAGAGAGACGACGAGAAACAAACAGAACGAGGGUAGAUUCGAGAGGAUAGUCAAGGAAACGUCCAAUAUCCUUGGCAAGGCGUGCAGCGUCGUGAAGGGGAGCCUGGGCUUCGAGGCGAGGUCGGAAAGCUCCGACCUCGGUCUCGGCUCCGAGUCUGGCAGCGACUCCCGCAGAAGAUCGAUGGACGACGGCGCCGAGGACGAUCGUUCGCCCCGGGCCGCCGCUGCCGCCGAUAAUCCCAGCACGGCGGUAGAUAACAACAUGGGCGACGGCAAAAAGCCGCACACUAAUCUCACCAGGUCGAAGAGCUGCGUGGACUCGAUAGAGUGCCAGGACGACGGGCCGGAGUUCGAUCACGUGCGGUACAAGAUCGUCAAGUCGCACAUGUUCAGCAAGAACAUGUUCAACACCGGCCGCGGCGACGUCACCUACGACGGGCUGAUACAGUAUCUGCGCGAGUACUCGUUCCAAGAGCUGCUGAUGGACAACAACGUCGUCAUCAUCGAGCCGGUGCGCGCCGAGCCGGUGGAGCUGAAGUCGCCGUCGUCGCCGUUGGCGAGAACGGAGCCGUCCUGCAAGGUCGCCGGCACGAUCCAGAAGAAGAGCGAAAGGAGCGGCGAGCGGGCGGACGACGACGCCGCCGUUAAAGGCUCGAAGUCGAGCAUCAGGAAGCACUUCUUCUACCACCCCAUACGGGUGAAUCGCGAGCUGAUCGACGAGGAGCUGCCGGACCCGGAUACUGUUAGGAACGUGAGGCGCAUGUUCGAGAACGACACGCUGAAGAAGAAGAGCACGUCCGACGCGGAGUUCUCGAGGGACUGCAAGAGCAGGAGGAGCCUGAGCAUGAAGGAUCUCACGAGCAUCGACGACGGCCGAUACGACGAUAUGUCCGACAAGGCACGCGAGGAAUCCAGAUCCAGAUGCUCCAGCCGGGCGAAGGAUCUCACGAGACUCUUCGAGACCAAGUCCGCGUCGUCGACCGCCUCCAUCGCCAAGGAGGAGCCCGGCAGCCCGCGUGGAGAGUCAAAGACGAGGAUUCUCGCGCAGAGCUUCGAGGCCAGGAGCGGCAACACGUCGCCGAGCGACUCGAACUGCUCCAAGAACAAGGCCGGUCGUUAUCACCACAAUCAUCAUCAUCACCACCAUCAUCAUCAAAAUUGGGACUCCGGUAGCGUGAGCUCCGGAGUGUCGAGCGAUUAUCCCGACACCGACGCCGGCAGCGCGGCCCACUGCACGUCGUCCGACGAGGAGGACGCGAACUGCCACGAGGACGACGGCGCGGGCGGGCCGGGUCACUACGUGUCGCAGGACGUGCUGAGGAAGAUCCGGGAGUGCGGCACCUCGGUGACGUACUACGGCGGCAAAGUGGUGAACACGCACAACGGGCCGCUGAUCUCGCCGCUGAUCGGCAACGGCUUCAAGCGGGCCGACCGCCGGUCGAACGACUACGUGAAGUUCAAGCUGGUGAAGAGCAACUCGUGCGACAGCAGGCUCGAGUUGACCGGCAGACUCGUGGAGGGCGGGUCGUUGCGCCGCGAGCGCGGCACCGCCGAUCUCCGUCAGUGCACGAUCGCGGAGACGCCGAGCAUCGAGAUCACGACGGCCGAGCGGCAGCAGGAGGACGCGGAGCGGGAACGAGGGGACGAAGGGAUCGAGCAGAUCGGGCAGACGAAACGGGAGCCACCGGUGGUAAUCGGACUGGAGCCGAAGAAAGAGGAGAGCAAGGAAUCGAGGACUUUCAAGGCGGACUUUAAGCUGGGCAAUUUGGACGACUUGGAGUCGAGAUCCUCCAAUUAUCCGGGCAAAUUCGCGGCGAGCGCGCUGACGAGGUGGGAAGUGAACGCUGACAACUGGAAGGCCGACAAUGAUUUCGGCAAAAUGGAGUUCGAGGAGUUCGAAGUACUCGAGGAUAGUCUCAAUGGGAUCGACGGCCAGAACGAGUACGCGCAAGCAUCCUGAAUGGCAGGCUCCCUCUUGUAUGAUAUAUUUAUUUCUUCGAUGGACGAACGCGCACGGACGGACGAGGAUUGCCAAAGGAGAUAACGUUAUUGAUGUCUUAAUAUUAAACCGACGCGAGAUUUCCCGAGACAUCGUCGCGAAACGUCGGUCCCGUUCGACACGGCAGCGACACGGCGAUUCAGCUGGUGAAAAAAAUCAUUCACCACCGCGACGAACGUGCACGCGACGCGCCGGUAAUUUCUCGCUGAGAUAUAUGACGUUUCUCUUCGCGCGGCGACGCGCGAGUAUCGCGAGAGAGAACGCUGAUAGUCCGGAUAAUUUAUUGGGCAUAUUAAGUAUCAUUAAUCGAUUAGUCCGUUGUUGCAGGUGGAUAAAUCCACACGAGUCAUAUUUCAUAGCAGGUGAUAAGCAUCGAUGGAGUGAGUGACGGAAGGAAGGAUACUCGGUGUAACGUCACACGUAAUGCACGAGGGAUUCAAGCGUACACGAUUUGACCGAUGUAAUUUGAGUGUACCAAAUGUGUA